UUGUCCAGUGGCGCUACGGGAUCGAUGUAAAAUCUUUUGUUUUGAAAACGGUGGCGGAGUAUGUGUAUAGGGCCGAAAGAAUGUUGAUACGGUCGGGGAUUGAGUCGAGCAGCCAGCGGGACCAGCGGGAGGACUGGGCAACCAUGUCGCCCCUGUGGACGGCCCGUUACGACUAUCAGGCGCAGGGCGACGACGAGCUGUCGCUCCGAGUGGGCCAAAUCGUGUACGUGCUGUCCACCGACAGCAGUAUCUCGGGCGACGAGGGUUGGUGGACGGGCAAGAUCGGGGACCGUGUGGGUAUCUUUCCCUCGAACUUCGUCACAAACGAAGAUCCGGCUGUGCUUAAGGUGCAACCGGUCGAAAUACAGUUUCACGAGCUCGAGCUGAAGGAGGUGAUCGGUGUAGGGGGAUUUAGCAAGGUUCAUCGUGCCUAUCUGAACGGGGAGGAAGUUGCGGUGAAAGCGUCACGCCAGGAGGAAGAAUUCGAGGUAGCACGACAGAAUGUGCUGCAGGAGGCGAAACUGUUCUGGUCCCUAAAGCACCCGAACAUAGUGUCACUGAAGGGUGUUUGUUUGGAUCCGAAAAACCUUUGCCUGGUGAUGGAGUUUGCACGGGGUGGCUCGCUGAACAAGAUACUGGCCGGGAGAAAAAUUCCGCCGAACGUGCUAGUGGACUGGGCGAUACAGAUCGCGCGCGGUAUGAAGUAUUUGCACUGUGAAGCACCAAUCUCCGUCAUUCAUAGGGAUUUGAAAAGCUCCAAUGUGCUAAUUAGUGAAUCGAAUCAAAAUGGUCAUCUGCACAACAAAACACUCAAAAUAACCGAUUUCGGGCUGGCAAGGGAAGCGUACCGUACGACGCGAAUGUCUGCCGCCGGCACAUUCGCCUGGAUGCCACCGGAAGUGAUCAAAUCGGGCACAUAUUCCAAAGCGUCCGAUGUAUGGAGCUACGGUGUGCUGCUGUGGGAAUUGCUCACCGGAGAAACGCCUUACAAAGGCUUCGAUUCACUGUCCGUCGCGUACGGUGUGGCGGUGAAUACACUCGCCUUACCAAUUCCAAAAACCUGCCCAGAAUCAUGGGGAAAGCUGAUGAAAUCCUGCUGGGAAAUCGAUCCGCAUCGGAGGCCUUCGUUUAAGGAGAUUGAAAAGGAUCUUGACAUUAUCGCAAGGUCCGGUUUUGCUCAAACGCCUCACGAAUCAUUCCAUACGAUGCAAGACGGCUGGAAGAAGGAAAUCGCGGAAGUGUUACAAGAGUUGCGUAAAAAGGAAAAGGAACUACGCAGCAAAGAGGAAGAACUGACGCGUGUCCAGCAGCAGCAGCGCUGUAAGGAAGAAACUUUAGCCAAACGCGAACAGGAGUUGCACGCCCGCGAGAUCGACCUGUUGGGCCGUGAGCUAAAAAUUCUUAUCAAUCAAAAUACUCCGACACCGAAGAAGCGCAAGGGGAAAUUUAGCAAAAGUAGAAUCAAGCUGAUUAAAAAAGCACCGGGACAAAUUUCGUUGCCAUCGGAUUUUCGUCACACCAUCACGAUACAGCAUACGGCCAUACGUGAUGAAAACCGUCAGCGUUUAGACACUCCACCCGGGUCACCGGCGACUCGCUUCCGGACGAUUGUGUUUCCGGGCGACGGUAUCAAGGGUAAGACCUGGGGCCCAUCGACGCUGCACCAGCGAGAGCGAAGCCACUUGCCGACGAUGCGACCGACCGCCCGACCGCAACAGUUCAGCAAGAGCGCCCCAAAUCUGGACAAGGGCCGGGCGACGGCACUGUCCGCCAGCUCGUCACGGCACGAAAUCCUAGAUUACGAUUCCGAGGAUGCGUGGUACGCUACGACGGCAAACCUGGGUGCCGGGCCCGGUGCGGAUAUGUCCACGCUGAGUGUAACACCUCUCUGCUCUAGUCUUAAUCGAUUCGGUUCCCUACCGAGCACCGUACCGAUGCCAACGUUAUACGCUUCCGAAGGUCAACGAAAGCCUAAACCAUCGAUCAUCGAGAUGGUACUGUACAACAUGGCGUCGAUGUUGGCCAGUGUUGCGUCCGGGUAUGAUGUUCGCGUAUCGAACGUUACUCCGGUACAUCCAAAGCUACAUCCUGGCCCAUUGCAACAGUACGAAUCGUACUCACAGCCAGCUAGUCCUUAUCACUAUCAGCUGCAGGCUGCGCAUGAUCCACACUCAUUGCACCUGGAAGGUAUGCAUCGGUUAGAGUCGAUGCCACCCUUAACCACUGCGCCAACACUGGAUAGUGCGAUGGGUCAGGAAGUGUAUGAGGAGGAGCUUGCUCAAGCACAAGAGGAUAGACUGUACGCACAAAACAGCGGUACACCGUUCCAUGAACCGGUGAGACAGCAGACAAGGAAAAUGACGGCUCAAUCGACGAGUCCACGACAGGACGAGCGUGCUCUGAAGUACACCGACUCACCACAACACUAUCUACCUUCGACAAUGUCAACAACGAGCGGGCUCGGAUCGAACUACACCCCAUCGGGACCAAGCUCCUCAUUCAGUGUCGGAGCCGGAACGCAACCACCGACUCCAUCACCUCGGCGUAAGUCUAGCGCCACAUCCUUCAUGGAUUACGGUGACCUGCCGGAGGAACGUGAAAGUAGAGCGGGUCUCUACAUUCCGGGCGAGUACGACGGCUAUACGCAGCAUAAUCCUAUCUUUAACAUGACCAAUCGAGGUGCUACUAGUAGUUACUUAGGAUCGCAUUACUUUCCAUAUCGGCCAGCGAUUAACUUUGCGUUCGAGCGUGAAACGAAAUCGUACGGCGGAGAACCGGUGUAUGAGGAUCACCAUUACGACAGUGCCUCGUACCACGAUUAUGCGUACGAAGGAUCUACAGGGACGGCUGGUGCUGGAAGUUUAAGAUCAACGGGUACACGUGUUCCGACGAUGGGCAUCAGCGCAACGGGCCAUCGAAGGACACACUCGAACGUUUCAAGCACUAUGCUCAGUAGCAACGUUAACCAAGGGUUUCACAUGGAGGGAGACGAGAUGAGUGCACGGCUGUUAGAUGAAGCGACGUACAAGUUUGGAGAUAUGUAUCUGGCAAGUGGCGGUGGUACAGACACUCCAACGCCUGGUCGUUUACCACUUGCGAGCACGUCGAAAAUGCACGAACCUCCGGCAGCCUUCCAGGCAACGAGUCGUAUGCAUCAGUACGAAAACAUACCGAAUUUCUUCCGUAGACAGACGAGUCUGCAAGCACAUUACCCUUCUGCAAGUAGUCACGGUGGACAUCUGUCAGGUGAGUUUAUGAGCGGGAUCGAACAGGAAGAGCGUCCAUACACGGUGCUAGGUUUGGAUCAUGGCGAUGGUGGUGGAUCGCUGGCGACCAGUUUCAUCCGACCACAGACGAAACUUCGCUCCAGCAUGAAGAAGUACACCCAUUCUCAUCCGACGCAUCAGUCGCAAGCAGGAUCCGCCAGCUCCCAGACGAAGUACGGUGGAACUGGUGCUGGCUACGUUGCGCACGGUGGUACUGCUAGUACCACCAAUCAAACGCCUCCCGACAGCCUUACUAGCGAUGACAGUUCGUACCUGAGCGCGAAGGACAAUUCGUCCUCAAUUUCCUCUCAAAGCCGUGUACGGUUCACACCGGAAAUUGUACUCGACGUAGAUUCCCCUUUACAAUCUCCGACGGGCUUUGUGGGGGGUGGUGGAAGUGCAGCUGGAUCCUCUUCCGGACAUGGUACGAAGGAUCGGCGCAGCUCAUCGUCUGGUAGUACGAUGCUGACAGCCACACCCGGUUCUGGAGCGUCCUCGACUUCGAUUUCAGGACGACGAUCGAAUGCUUGCGAUACGAGCCAAUCCUAGCAGUACGUGAAAACUUACAUGGUGUAGUGGGCACUCUAAUACCGACCACGCUACGCUUCUCACUC